AUGGCCCUUAUGGGUGUUUUUGAGCGCUCCCUGAAGGGCCCUUCCUACAACAAAAAUAAAUCAAGCGCUGACGCAAAUGAGUCUGCUCUUAGAGCUGAAAGUGUCCGGUUGGUUAACGAUAAGCGUAAAAGGAAUAGCAAUAGUUCUCCUUCAUUAACACCUUCCAGAGAUUCCAAGGCCGUCAUCACUAGCUUUAGCCCCACCAGCUCCAGGCUGGCUAAAGCAGGACAUUCUCAAAUGUGUGUCAUUCUUUCUACUGUGAAAGGCUUCCCAGGUACUGAUGAACGAGAUGAACCUACUACCAUAGUAGAUUUGGAGAAUGCAAGGAACGAGCAGAAAAAAAGUAGACUCAUUGAUUAUGUGUGGACGGCUGCAGCUCAGCUUAGAGGUGAAGUCAAACAAAAGGCUAGGAUACUCAUUCUCUCAGAAUACGCCCUCAAAAACAAGCUUCCAGAGGAAGUACAUACUAUAAUGGAGUGGUUGUUGAGUAAUGGAAAAGGUGUCUUUACAUUUGGUGGUUUGGAUAUUUCUCAAAAACCUUUUGGACAUUGCAUCAUCAAGCUACUAGUUCAGGUUCAGUGGUUCCAUAAGAAGGGGGAGGGUGUCCUCUAUCCAAGUGAUUUCAAAGACUCACCUUUUCCAUUAAUUGCCUUGGCUAUUACAGCUGUCGAAAACUGUCUUCAUGAACUUGCAAAAAGUGUUUGCACCACCUUGAAUUUCUCUGAACAGGUCUACAGGCCCAGGUUAGAAGAGCUACAAAGGAAGGCUCCUAGGUGGUUUUUGCAGUUUCGUAAAAACACUUACAACAAUAUUCUUCAACAGUGUGAUUUACAGUACUUGAAUGCACAAGAGGACAACUGGGAGGAUGAGGUUGAUUAUGCAGCGCUUGAAGAUUCAGCAUCCUUAUAA